CAGACCUUACGCGCUGUCGAAGAAGGAGACAGCAAUCAGAAGAACAUUGAAGUUGUGUCAGAAAAGCAUGUUGCUUCUUGGCCCGCGGGGAUUUUCACGAGCAAAACAUAGGAGAGGUAGAGGUUACAAAUGACUGACGAGUCCAUAAGUCAAAAGUGUUUGCUUGGUAGUCAGAUUAAAGGAGAUAAUGUUUCGGUGGCUCUACUGGCUGUUGAUGCUGCGUUCAAUAUUAUGUGAAGUUCAAGCUCAGGAUGAAAACCGGGUGGUUUUCCUGCCGGGAGCCUUCCAGAACAUUAGUGUGACAGCAAAUGAGACAGUGCAGGCUGUGGCCACCGGGAUUCCCACAGAGGUCGCGUUCGCCACGGUGCAGUUCCACACACAGCGGCAUAACGUCACGCUCUCCUACAGCACCACACCAGUGUUUGGUCUCUCUUCGACGGCUGUGGACACAGGCAUCCUUUUACCUCUCCUGCCGGGACAAACGUCCUUCACUUUGUUCCUAUUGUCCGCCGACGGAAGCACAGUCACAGGCACGGGCGUGACUCUCCCUUUCUCCAGCACGGACCCUGUGCCCGGCGGUUGUAACAUCGAGUUUAAUCUGAACGUGGACCCCAACGUCUACCUGCGCUACAACCUCUUCGAGACCACUAUCCAGUUUGCGCCAGCCAACCUGGGAUAUGAGAGGGGCAGCACUCCUCCGUCCUGCGACACGUCCACGGGGACCGACACGCGCUGGCGGCUUCAGUAUGACGUCUACCAGUACUUCCUGCCCGAGAACGACCUGUCGGAGCGCAGCCUCUUCCGCGGUGUCCAGGCCGUGGCUGACGUCGAAGGAAUGACAGAGAACGCCAAACUGAUUAGGACGCUGUCCUCGACAGAAAUGAGCACGGUGAUGUUCAGUUCCAUCCCCGGCCAGGGUGUCAUUUACGCUGUCAUCGUUCGAGACCCCGUCCUCGACACGUUGGCUUCUUACGUCCCGGUCCACACGUACGGCUGCAGCUUCACCUCGAAGCUGGAUGGCUGUCAAACGCUGGGAAAGAUAACCACAAAGGUGUUCUUCACUAUCACCGGCUUGGCAGGUCUGUUCAUCUGCUUCUUUGGGCACCGAUUCUUCAAAUGUGAGUUGUUUUGCAUGGGCUUCAGCUUUUCCGCCUUCUUCUUCUUCGUGCUCAUCACCAGGACCACAGGACUGGAUUACGACAUCCGUCUCGCCGUGUCGGCGGUGAUCGGCGUGGUGGGCGGGGUCCUCCUGGUGAUGAGCUGGUGGCGCUUUGGCUCGAUCAUGGCGUGCGUCGUGGUGGUCGGCCUGAUGCUCGGCUUCCUCGUCGCUUCCACUGUCCUUUUUACACUGCUCGGUGACCUUGAUGUGUUCAGGCGCUCCAAUGCCGUUUUCUGGGUGACGUUCUGCAGCAUCAUGAUCAUCUUCCCAAUCUUCUUCAUGCGUUGGCCCAGAGAGGGUAACAUCACAACGUGCGGCGUCAUCGGCGCGUACGCCGUCGUCCUGGCGAUGAACACCUACAUCUACACCAGUCUUUCCUACAUCACCCUCAACAUCCUCAAGCGCUUCCUCAACAACAACUUCAGCGCCGCGUUCACUGACAUACCGUUCCAAGCCAUCGACUACAUCAUGAUUACAGUGUGGGUGGUGCUAGGCGCCGCAGGCGUCGUCCUGCAGCUGUACCGGGAGCGUACGCGGCCCUUCUUCCCGCCCAGCCCGUACCUCAUGUGGCUGCAGGAGCGCGAACGGCGCAAGACCAAUGUGCUGGACCCGAGCCACCACUUCCCACCGUUGCCCAACCGCCUCCUGGCCCGAGCGCGGCAGCUCACCAGACGGAUGGAGCCGGCCGGAGAGCACACGCCGCUGCUGCUGUAGAGCCCGGCGGACCGACACGGUCGCCGUCCUCAGCGCGAGCCGAACGAUCGCCGGGUUGCGUUCGGACUUCCGAGUUGCGAGGAAGCAGCGGUGGGUCAUUCCAUGUAAAAUCAACCAAGAACAACUUCAAAGUCCAAAUAAAGAAAAUUUGAAGACAAUCUGCGAGGUGAAGGGAAACUUCUAGGUUGAUUUUACAUAGAUUGAGCCUGCUGUUUUGUUUACCAUGCACAGAUCAAAAACAUCACAACUGAAAAUGAUCCAACAAGAACUGAAAGAAAACUGACACGAGAUUGUUUUAAUAGUUUUAAAAAAUGAAUAGUCAUGAGUCUAGCUUUUUAUCCUUUCGUCACUGCACUUUCCCGUUUGCACUAAAACACAAAAGUAGCACAUUUUCCAGCAGCAGUCUUGCAUGGUUUUGAAACUCAGGCUUAAUUAUUUUAAAACUGUGAUACCCCAGAGAUUACUAUUUUUAAAAAAAUAAAAAUAAAAAGACUUACAAGGUCAGUGAAGAAUACAAAACAAGACAACAGAUGUCAAUAGACGCUUAUAUAAGUUGAGCCUGCAGCUUUUGUCCCUGUCAUUCAUUUUGACCAGCAUUUUUGUUUGUACCCAAGGACAGUGAUUCCCAAUUAAACAAUUUCACUUAAUUGGCCCCAAAAUGAUUUAUUUACCACAUAUAUUGUUUCUUUGUUCAUCUAUCGAAACCAGCGACAAAUAGUGACAGGCAGAACAAUUAAAACGCUCUUCCACUACCACCGUGUCAUCAUUACUUCAGUGUAUUUAUACUUUUUGUGACAUAAUGAGAUUGUUUUUUUUUUGCCUUGGCUCAAAAUAGGUUGGGAAAGAUAAUGAAUCGUACCCUUAAGUAGUUAAUUGUUUUAACUCACUGAAUAAUAUUUUUUUUCAUGUUAUAAUAGAACUCCUCAAAAAACGUUGUCGUACUUAAUUGUUUAUACACUGUUGUGCCAUCAUCUUUCUCAGGGUUUCACUCAGACUUUUGAUUCACUGAAACAAUUGAUGGACCAUCUGACUUGAACUGACUGUAUUUUUUUAUUAACCAGUUCAGAUCAACAUCCUGGUAUCAUGUUAAAAAAAAGUAUAAUUUGUAAUUGUACAUGUUUUAAUGUUAAUAAAUUGUCACAAUGUG